AUGGGCGGCAAAGCGUUUCCAAAGCUUCAUGUUCCGCGCAUGCCACCAGCUGAGUAUCUGAAAGUUCGCGACAAAUCCAUCAAGACUGUUCGAAAAUUCUUCAGACACGUCGUAUGUCCUCCCGGGUCUCCCGAAAAGAUCGAUCAUGGGGAUGUGGACCUACUUGUAUGUGAUCCGACCUCCAGCUACGCGCCAGAGAGGCUGGAGAAAGCAUUGGGAGCGGUCGCGAACACAGGGAAUUCACAGAUAACAUCCUUCGCCAUUCCUGUCGAUAAAAGUAGCAAGGACGCUUUUGCUCAAGUGGAUAUUCAUGUGUGCGAAACGGAAUACCUUGAUUGGGAACUUUGGAUGGGCGCAUAUGGCGAUUUAUCUCAGAUCAUUGCAUUCAUCAUCCAGCCUGCAAGGCAGUUUCUUGGUCUCGAUGAGAAGAGAUACCAAGCCGGGUUCAGGACUUUGCAGGAAAUGUUUGUCUGGUCCUCAGAGUGCAAGUGCCUCCAGGAGCCGAUGAGAGACCGUGGUAUCGACCGAGGUCGUCCAGUCUUCAAGGCAUUCCUGAACUGGGCUGCUUCCAAUCUCAAGGCUCCCAAGGAACCAAUUCUUAGAAAUCAAAUCCCUCGUCUAGCGAUCUUCGUGUUCGGUGUGCAGAAGCAAUACGACACAUUGGUUGCAAGAGAUCGAAAACUAAGCACUAUCGAAUCAGCUGUCCUCAAGAGCUACGGAGGUCGGCUCAACACAAUGAUCUCAGAAUUAGCAAGAUGGGCGCCGCUCGAAAAAGGUGGUUAUGCGCUGCUCCGACCUUCAAACGAGGCACACAUGCACAUGGACAUCAAUGCGAAUGACUGGCUCGAUGAGAUGAAUGAAGAUCGUCUUGAGCAGCUUAUAGUCUGGAUAAGAGAUAAUAUGGCCGAGAUCAAGCGCAGGGAGAAGUUCUGGGACUCUGAACAGAAGCUCGUCAAUGCUCUGCAGGAGCUCCCAACACCAAAGAGACAAGUCUUCCAGGAAUUCGAGUUCACCUCCGAGCGAUUCACGAAGGAGUUGUUGAUAUGCCGGAUUCUUGCACUAUUCAAUCGAGACGAAGAACUACUCAGACAGCACUCUACCGAGAAAAUCGGAGCUGAUUGA